AUGAACAGCACAUGUAUUGAAGAACAACAUGAUCUAGACCACUAUCUGUUUCCCAUCGUUUACACUUUUGUGGUUAUAAUCAGCAUCCCAGCCAAUAUUGGAUCACUCUGUGUGUCUUUUCUGCAAGCAAAGAAGGCCAAUGAACUAGGAAUUUACCUUUUCAGUUUAUCACUCUCAGACUUGCUGUAUGCAUUGACUCUCCCUCUGUGGAUUAAUUAUACCUGGAACAAAGACAACUGGACUUUCUCCACGAAUUUGUGCAAAGGCAGUGCUUUCUUGAUGUACCUGAACUUUUACAGCAGCACGGCUUUCCUCACCUGUAUUGCUAUCGAUCGCUAUUUGGCGGUUGUCUACCCACUGAAGUUUUCUUACCUGAGGACAAGAAGAUUUGCAUUUAUGGUCAGCCUCGUCAUUUGGGUAUUGGAAACAAUCUUCAAUGCAGUCAUGUUGUGGGAAGAUGAAAUCUCUGUUGAGCGUUGUGAUGCCGACAAGUUGAAUUUUACUUUAUGUUAUGACAAAUACCCUUUGGAGGAGUGGCAAAUUCAUCUCAAUUUGUUUAGAACAUGUGCUGGCUAUAUAAUCCCUUUGGUCAUCAUUAUGUUUUGCAACCAGAAAGUCUAUAAAGCUGUGCAGCACAAUCAAGCCACCGAAGAUGAGGAAAAGAAGCGAAUUAUAACACUACUCGUUGGCAUCACACUGACUUUUAUCUUGUGCUUUACUCCCUUCCAUGUUUUGGUACUGAUACGCAGUGUUUUAGAGAGGAAAGCGAACCCUAAUAAGGGUAUAUUUGACCUCAAAUCUGGGAAGCAGACUUACAAAAUAUAUAGAAUCACUGUCGCGUUGACAAGCUUAAAUUGCAUUGCUGAUCCAAUUCUCUAUUGUUUUGUAACGGAAACAGGGAGGUCUGAUAUGUGGACUAUAUUUAAAUUCUGUACUGGAAAGCUUAAUAAAUCACAAAGACAAAGAAAAAGCACACUUUCCAUGUCUACAAAAGAUUCUGUGGCAUUAGACAUCCUAGAAUGA